UGACAACCGUUCAUUCUAUUUAAGCUUCAAUCAAUCAACCGCUGCCUGUGAAGGCGAGUGUAUCGCGCUCAUACAAAUUUCUAUCGAAAAACGAUAAGUAAUUCGGGAACCGCCUUUAUUUAUUGUAAAAUAUAAGCGUUUAUUGUGGCGGGUGGUGUUUAUAUAUAACUAAUGUGCAUAUAAAAGUUUUAACAGUGCUAUAGAAGCUAACCAUGGGAGCGCGAGUAUCCAGAACUGAUUUUGAAUGGGUUUACACGGAGGAACCUCAUGCGAGUCGCCGGAAAAUAAUUCUAGAAAAGUACCCUCAAAUAAAGAAGCUCUUCGGCUACGACCCGAACUUCAAAUGGGUGGUGACAGCGAUGGUGCUGGUACAGAUCAUAUCUCUGCCCUUCGUGGUGCAGCUCAGCUGGCCCUUGAUGCUGAUAGUCGCCUACUGCUUCGGAGGAGUCAUCAACCAUUCUCUUAUGUUAGCGAUCCAUGAGAUAGCCCACAACCUCGCUUUCGGUCACAACCGGCCGCUCGCCAACAGACUGUUCGGUUUCUUCGCGAACCUGCCGAUAGGGAUACCCGUGUCUAUCAGUUUCAAGAAGUACCACUUGGAGCAUCAUAGGUACCAAGGCGACGAAGUAAUAGACACGGAUUUGCCGACCCUCCUGGAAGCUAAACUGUUCUGUACGACUGGAGGCAAGCUGGUGUGGCUGUUCCUGCAGCCCUUCUUCUACAGCUUCCGGCCUCUGAUGGUCAGGCCCAAGCCUCCGACACCCAUGGAACUCAUCAAUCUUGUCAUACAAUUGUUCUUCGAUGCUGUUAUUAUUAAACUUUUUGGUUGGAAGGCGUUGGGUUAUUUAAUAUUCGGUGGUGUCAUGGCCAUGGGCGUCCAUCCGGUUGCAGGUCAUUUCGUAGCUGAGCACUACAUGUUCAAGAAGGGCUACGAGACGUAUUCGUACUACGGCCCUCUCAACUGGAUCACGUUCAACGUUGGCUACCAUAACGAACACCAUGACUUCCCCGCCGUGCCCGGGUGUAGGCUGCCUGAGGUCAGACGUAUAGCCCCGGAAUUCUACGACAACUUACCCCACCACGACAGCUGGUCCAAGGUCCUGUACGACUUCGUCACGGACCCCGACAUUGGACCCUACGCGCGUAUCAAGCGCAAGCACCACGGACUUGACAGUUAAGUUAAUUAUGUUAAUUAUAUACAUAUUAUUAUGAUGUAUUGUUUUAAUAGGUAAAUUGGGGUAAUUGAGAUGUUUGGGGUAAGAUAUAUACCAAUACUUGGUCAUUGAAAGGCUGAAAGCAGAAUUCGGUUAUGAAAAAGGGGAACGCCAGAAACUCUUACUAAACAAAAAUUAAGUUGUGUGACAUUGAAUAUAGGUUCAGUGACUACUGUUGAGGUUGGCGAAACUUAUGCUGUUAGCAUCGUGCAGUGAUAAUUUAAAUGUAGCUUAAAAGUAAAUAAAUAUAUUCAUAAAUCUACUAGGUUAUUUGGUCAAGUUCCAUCAUAAUUGUACAAUCAUCAUCAGCUGUUAGUAGUCCACUGCUGGACAUAGGCCUCCCCCAAUGUGCGCCAUAGCGCCCUGUCUCCGGCAAUAAUUGUGCAAUUAUUCUUAGUUAAUUUUGACAUAAAACUAAAAAGUUUUUAGUCGUUUCGUUAAGCGAGUUAAGAAAUUCUGCCAUUCCCAUUUGUAUAGUUUUUAACAUAUUCGGUAUUUCCAUCUCCAUAACAUCUCUGUUAUCUUUAACUGUAUAAUACUGUUCGGUAAAUGUAUUUUUUUAAUGUUUGUAGAAUGCGUUUCCGAUGUUUGUCCGUUUGGAUUCAUUUUUUUGCUUUAGAAUAGUUUUUUUUUAGGAACUUUCGAUACAUCGUAAACGCAUUCUGGACAGAAACGUUGAUCUUUUUUUUAAUUAAAUUAUGGAUUUGAUUAGAAAUGUAUGUAUUAUUCAUUAAUUUAAGUUUUAAUUGUUUUAGUAAAUACUAAUUUUGUACUUUUUCAUGCUGUUAGUGGGGUAAAAAGUUUACAAAGGUCCUUUUUACGAGAAGGUACGCAAGUAUAUGUUGUCUUUAUCUCGAAAAGUCGCGGAAAUACUACAGACGUUCAGUAUCGUAACUUUGUUUUGUUUCUUGUAAAAAUGCCUUAUUUUUAUGUCAAAAUCUUGACUUUCUUAAUCAAUAUUUUGUGAUUCUUUGAGUUUCUAAGCCCAAAUGGUUUGGAUGGUUUUGACAACUUUUUACCCCAUUUAAGUAGGCGUGACGAUAUUUUUGUUGAAUUUAAAUUACGUUAAAUCUUUUGUAUAUUACCUUUAGAUAUUGCAUUAUAUUUUAAUUUUAAUGUUACAUCAUUAUACCUGUGUAUAACUAUAAUUUACAUUUGGGGUAAUAUCUUGCUGUUUUCUUAUCCCAAUUUUGAAAACUACUUAGUACCAAAUAAUAGUUUAUUAUUCAAUGUUAUUUUCAUGUGACUAGCUGUUUUGUGUCUCUCAUCCUAAACAUCAUUAUAGUUAUUUAAGUUAUUUUUGGGGAAAUAAACGGUACGAGUAUCGUGAUUGCAUUUAAUAUGAAGGCACAAGAUGUUAGCAAAUGCCAGCUGCUUACUAAAACAUUACCCCCUUUAUUACGCACUGGGGUAAAAAUGCGGUAACGGGGUAAGUUUUAUUAUAAAUUUACAAAUAUAAACGAUUGGAUAAUUAUUUGAAUCUCUGCUGUAUGGAAAGAUAUUAAAGUCUGUUUUACUUAUUUGCUUUCUUCUUCUUGGGGUAAUUAUUAUGGUGCCUAUUUCUAAUAAUAAAAUAGGGGCAAAGAGCUUGACUUUAAACGUACAGUAAAACACGCUAAAAACAAAUUGAUUUCAUCAAAUGGCGUGUCGGUUUGCUGCUUAUUUUUGACCCUGAUUAUGUUCCAACAAACACAUAUUUUUUAGUCUUAAUAGACUAAUAACACGCAGAUAUGGAUAUCUGAGUGCUAUUAAUCUAUAUAAAUACAGAAGUUUCCCUGAUUACCAUAAGCUACGUCUAUUCCCGUUUUCUAUGAAAUUUGGCACCAAAAUAAUAUCGUUCAUUUAAAAAAAAAUGAUUUUAUGUAAAAUUUAAAAAAUUGACGUGGAUUUGUUUUGAAUAUAGCUUCUGUUUAUAAAAAUAAACUAUGUAUUUUCUAUAAGGGAACUAUAUGGUCUAGAUGAAAAUGAUA